GGCGCUGGGGGGAGCGGGGCGGGUGGCGGCGCGCGGGGCCGCCCUCACGCUGGCGCCGGCGCUUCCCCAGGACGCCGGCCACUACGCGUGCUCGGUGGCCGCCCCGCCCGCGCAUCCCGCCUCCAGGGAUAUCGAAAUUCAAGUCAGAAAUCCGCCCAAAAUAUCGCCAUUCAUGUUCUCGCCGGAGCUCACAGAAGGCAGCUCUGUGCAAGUGCUAUGCGGAGUGUCGUCGGGAGACAAGCCCAUGUACUUCUCUUGGUUAAAAGAUGGAACGCCUUUGCCGCCUAAUUUACAGAUCGAAGAGAAGAGCUUGAACGAGUUUUCACUGCUGAUGUUUUCGGAAUUGACGGCUCAGCACAGCGGUGCGUAUACGUGUCGAGUCGCUAACCAUGCCGCCACCGUCAACUACACUGCGUCACUUACGGUCAAAGUUGCUCCCUCGUGGGUCGCGGAGGCUGCUGACUCCGCCGUGUUGCUGGGAGCGCCGCUGCAGUUGGAAUGUGUCGCUAAGGGAUAUCCCACGCCAGUUGUGACGUGGUAUAGAAAAAUAGAUGGCGUCAGUGGACUGGAAGGUUCUGAGCGGUGGGAGGUGACGGGCUCUGAAUGGGGUACCGCAGGAGAUCCGAAGAAUGAGGGAACAGGACGUGCGGUGCUCGCGGCGCGCGCGGUGUCCCGCUCGCACCAGGGCCUGUACCGCUGCAGCGCGGAUAAUGGAGUGGGACCACCGCUAGUCAAACAUGUGAACAUUACAGUGCACGAGCCCGCGAACUUCGGUACAUCGAGUGAGGUUGCACGGAAUGUAACGAGCGUGCGAGGCCAGAGCGCAGCGCUGAGCUGCAUCGCUCGAGGCGAUGCCCCGCUCACCCUGCACUGGACGCAUCGCGACCGCAGACUCGACCUUGAUAGCUAUCGAUGGACCAUAUCGGAAGUGCGAACAGCGGAGGGCGUCCGCUCGUCACUGACGCUGCGCGCCGCCGAGCGCGAGGACGCCGGACAGUACCGCUGCCACGCCGCCAAUAAGUACGGACGCAGCGAUCUUCUGCUCUUCCUGCAUGUUGAAGAACCGCCGGGCGCGCCGCGCUCGCUGCAGCUGUGGGGCGUGGGGGCGGGCUGGGCGCGGGUCCGCUGGCGCGCGCGCCGCGCCGCCGCCACGCUGUUCGCCGCGCUCGUGUCGCCGCUGCACGCGCUGCCCGCGCACCUCACCUCUGACCCCAUGCACGCCACGUACAAUUUAACGCUCGAUUUAUCCGAAGACAAGACUGACGUUGAUGGCACCAGCAUACUGAGUGCAAAAAUAGAGAAUUUAAGAGCGGCAACAACGUACUCACUUCGCAUAGUCGCCUCUAAUCACAUUGGACAAUCGCCACAAUCCGAUGCUCUUAUCUUCACUACCCUAGAGGAAGCUCCAAAUGGUUCACCGCUAAACGUACGCAUCAGACCAAUUAAUUCUGGAGAAGUGCAUAUUUCAUGGUCUGCUCCGGCGCAAGACAGUUGGAACGGCGAGCUGCUGGGAUACGUAGUGACGUGGCGCGAACUGCGGGAGGCGGGGGGCGGGGACGUGCGCGAGGUGGCGGACGCGGGCAGCGCGGUGGCGCGCGGCUGGAGCAGCGCCGAGCUGGUGCUGGGCGGCCUGCGCCAGUUCCGCCGCUACGCGCUCUCCGUGCGCGCCUUCAACCGCGCCGGCCCCGGCCCGCCCUCGCCCACACUCUACACUACCACUGCAGAUGGAGUGCCUGAAGAUGCGCCUAGCCAGGUGUCAUGUGAAGCCGUAUCGACCCGCUCGCUACGAGUGCGCUGGGCGCCGCCGCACGCUGCGCACGCUCCACUUGGCUACGAUGUGCUCUACGCACCCAUGUACUUCUCACAGUCGUGGAGCGGCGCAGUGCGGUCGCAGACGGCGCGCGCGGCGGGCGGCGAGGCGCUGCUGCAGGGGCUGCGCGCCGCCGCUAACUACUCCGUCAGCGUGCGCGCGCGCUCUGACCGCGGCCCCGGCCCGCCCUCUGCGCCCAUCUACUGCUUGACUAGAGAAGACGUUCCCGGCGCUCCAGAAUUAGUCCGUGCAUUGCCUUCAUCGGCGCAGUCAGUGCGCGUGGCGUGGCUGGCGCCGACGGAGCGCGCGGGCCGCCUCACUCACUAUACACUCUAUACGAGGGAACUUGGCAAAGUCGGGGGUGAGUGGUCUCAACGCGUAGACGCCAGUAGCCCCCUGGCCGAGGCCUGGGAGAGCGAGGAGGAGUUGAGCCACGAGGUGCGCGGGCUGCGCGAGCGCGCCGUGUACGAGUUCUGGGUGCGGGCUUCCACGGGUGCCGGUGCCGGCCCGCCCAGCCGUGCAGUCACAGCUGCACCGACACCCUUAGGAGUGGCUCGCAUCUCGUCGCUGGGCCGCGUGGUGCGCGCGCCGCUGGGGGCGCGUGUGCGGCUGCCGUGCGCCGCGCUCGGCGCCGCGCCGCUCCUGCGCCGCUGGGCGCCGCUGCCGCCCGUGCACUCCAUCACCGAUGCAGGAGAACUCAUUAUUCACAAAUUGGAUGAAAAAUGGUCUCGCAACUAUACGUGCUCAGUACGUAAUGCAGCUGGUGGCGAUGCGGCUCAGUACAGCGUGCAGGCGCUGCGGCCCCCCGCCACGCCUUCGCCGCGCCUCGCGCGCGCCGCGCAUCACCGAUUGCAUCUUGCGUGGGAUCCACCACAUGCGGGAGGGGCACCUCUAUUAGGUUACACAGUGUGGUGGUGGGAGGGUUGGGAGGGACGAGAGGCAGCAGGCGAGGCGAGAUCUCUCCGCGUGCCGGCGGGCGAGGCCGCUGCGGCACUGCACGGGCUGGCGUGCGGCGCGCCCUACAGCGCGGCGCUCAGCGCGCACAACGCAGUCGGCGCCUCACCGCCCUCGAGCCCAAUCAAACUCCGCACCAGGGGAGACAAGGCAAAGGCGCCGUCGGGCAAAGAGAGCAUCUGGUCCAACAGCAGCGCGCUACGGGUGUCGCUGCUGGCGUGGGGCGGGCGCUGCCCCGUGGCCAGCUGGCGCGUGGCCGUGCGCGCGGCGGGCGGCGCCUGGGCCGACCUGCACACGGAUGGGGAGUCCGUGCAAGUAAAUAGCCUGGAGCCAGCGACGUGGUAUGAAAUUCGCAUCCUUGCUCGAUCACCCGCAGGCGAUACGCCGGCGCUGUAUCGGGCAGCCACGCGCGCCCAUACUGGUGAACAGAUAGGCGAGCCGAUAGAUUUGCCUCUGGAGGCGCGUAUGAGCGCGGCGGAUGGGGGCGCGGAGGCGGAGCCGCGCGGGGAGCGGGGCUGGGGGCGAGCGGGGCUGGCGGCGGCGCUGGGCGGCGCGGCGCUGGCGCUGCUCGCCGCCGCCGCCCUACUGCUGCUGGCUUGCCGCCGCCGCGCGCCGCCCCGCCACUAUGCCUUGCCACAACCUCCGCACAAUAACGGGAAAACGCUCGACCCACCUGACAGUAAGCUUUACUUUACUUUUAAUUCGUGA